AUGAAUGACAAGCUGGUCUUCUUGGGCCUCUUGUACUUUGUACAGGGCAUCCCUUAUGGCCUCCAGUCUUCACUACUUCCUAUUUACCUGCGAGGAGCAGACCGUGUUGGAACAAAACGCCGCUGGAUUGUUGGGACAGUGUCUGGCCUCGCUCUCACAUGUGCCUCCAGUGCUGCCUUGGCCCCAGAGGCGCACAUGUGGGGAGUAGCCGCAACACUACUGGCCAUGAACAGUUUUGCCUCAGUGCAGGAUAUAGCUGUGGAUGGGGCGGCCGUGAGCCUGCUUAAAGGUCGUGGGGAGCUUGGUCUUGGGAACACAGCCCAAGUGGUUGGCUACAAGGCUGGCUCUGUGUUCGCCGGAGGUGGCCUGCUGGCAGUCAUCGAUGUCGCAGGAUGGGGUUGGAUGUUUGUGCUGCUCAUGUUUGUCUAUGCAGGUGUGGCUCUGUUCGUAUUGGGAACCCCUGUACUGGAUGAAGAGACUGUAAAGGGGCAACCAGCAGAUGGCAGCAAGAGAGCAGCAGAAGUCACAAAGCCAUGGAGAGUGUGGAAAAAGCUGAUGGCUGUACCUGGUACCCCCUGGACCAUUCUGUAUGUGCUAACAUACAAACUUGGUGAGCAGGGCGCAGUCACCAUGUUUCCCCUCUUCCUCUUGGAUCACCACAUGUCGGCCCGUGAGCUGGGCUUCUGGAACGGCAUCAUCGCCAUGGGCUUCUCCAUCUGUGGCUCGUCUCUGGGAGGACUGCUGCUCGCCCAGUUCAGCAUCGGGGCCCUGAUGCGGCGCGUGUUUGUGCUGAGAACCAUCAGCAUGGUCUUCCAGAGUUCUCUGCUCACUGUGAUCGAGCCGUCUCCUCUCAUGAAAGGUAUGGCGGUCCUCAGCAUGAGCAUUCAGCACUUCCUGGGCGGUCUCAUCACCACUCUCACUUUCACUACCAUGAUGCAUUGCACUCAAAGAGCUGAGGAAAGCAUCCAGGCAACUCACUACAGCUUUUUGGCGACACUGGAGGUGCUGGGGAAGUUGAUGUUCAGUGCUCUGGCCGGGGGAGUGGUGGACUGGUUUGGUUUCCAGGUUGCCUUCCUCUUCUUCCUCACCCUGUCAGCCGGCACAGCCCUGCACGUGUGGACCGCCACGUUCACCGGAGCUCUCAGGGAACACCAGCUGAAGGACCAGCCCAAGUGA